AUGAAUGUAAAUGGAUAUCAGAAACAUCAUGAUAUGAAGUUGACACCAUUGAACAUACGACUUACAGAGUUGUAUGAGAAAAUAAGCAAGGAUUUGAGCCCCCCACGGCCUUUGCCAGUGGAUACACGUGAUAAACGUGAUAAAAUCAAAGACUGCAAUUAUCAUAAAGAUAUUGGUCAUAAGACUGAGAAUUGUCGCUCCUUACAGGUCGAAGUACAACGAAUGAUAGACGCUGGAAAGCUACAAGAGUACAUGAAAAAGGAUUUUGGGAAAGGUUCGGGACAAUUUGGAACAACACAUAUGAUUAAUGCACAUGUGAUUAAUGUCAGUCACGCCAUGAUCCAUUCAAUGACUAGACGGGCAUCAGAAGAUGAGACCAGGAUAAAGCUCUGGCAAUUAAAGGAAUGGUGCGUGACAAACCACAUCGAUUUUGUCAGUGGAAAUGGAGCAGAAAUUCUGGAGAUUGGAUGCACAAAGAUCGAGUUGUUUGAAGCAGACAUGAUAGGUAUAUAUGCUCCCCACAAUAAUACUAUCGUUAUAACAGGUUGGAUUGGCAUGUUCCGUGCACACCGUAUUCUAGUGGAUACAGGAAGUUCAGUGAGCGUGCUGUUUUCAGGAGCCUAUUCCUGUAUGAAUCUCUCACACGACUUGAUCGAGGAGGAAGAAAAUCCAAUUAUCAGCUUUGGUGAGAUUAUUUGUCCCACAUUGUCUGGGAAUCUAAGAUCUUGCGGUUUAUAA